AAGGGGAAAGCAGCAGUAGCAGCAGCCAGGGGAAGGCAAGCAGUGCUGCACAGGCCUUGGGAUGCUCUCAAAAACACCAGCUGGCUCCAUCGACUGUGUGCUUUUCUCUAGCCAAGCUGAUUUGCCAUUAAUAAGUGCCUUGCAGUUGGCGAGCAGGCUCGGCCUUUCCUCGAGUUGCUUUUACCGGGAUGAAAACCAUGACUUGCAACGUUGAGAUGAACUAAACGACUUGCUCCAAGAAACGCCUAAGUCUGCGAACAUCUGAAAUGUCUGAACAGUAUUAAUUCAAGAGGAUCAAUGCUCAUCGGCUUGAGGACCGCGGAAGUGGGGCCUACCAUGGUGACACUAAUCACAGAGAAGCUGCAGAACCAAAGCUUGGACGACCUGUCAUGCAAAACGUACAAUAUUAAUCUGCGCUCAUCUGAGAAGCUGAACAAUGAAGGCAGCUUGUUCCCUUACGAAAUCAAUGAGGACAGUCGCUGGAAGGUGAUUGACAGGUCUUGCCCAGUCCGGGCUGAACUGAACAAAAAUACGUUUUUUGCUUUCCCCAUGUGCCCCUUCAGCACCGGCACUCCCGGCAGUUUUAGUCUUCAAUGGCAGAACGAAUCCUCAAAUCAGGCGUUGGUAUCGGGUUGGAUAAACAAACUUAACCUCAAUGACAGCCUUGGCCAGCCACUGGCUCCCCCUACAAAAAGACACUGCAGGUCAUUGUCUGAGCCAGAUGAACUGUCUCGCUGUCGGUCACCCUGGAAACCUGGCAAUUCCAAAGUCUGGACUCCCGUGUCAAAGAGACGGUGCAAUAGCGGUGGCAGUGCCACGUUACAGCGCUGCAACAGUCACGGCAGCACCACUUUGCAGAGAAGCACAAGCAUAAGCCUGCCUCAAAAUGCCCCGUCUCUAAAUAACAAUAUAUUCACAGUCCCCACCUGUAACACAUCUCCUGUUCCAAGGCCUUCUUCUGCCAGCAGUGGCUUUGUGGACAGUAGCGAAGGAAGCACAAACUCGAGCGUACGCUGGAACUCUGGGGGCUCUUGCGACUUCAAUCCGAGGAGGCGUCUUUCCUUGUCUCAGGAGCACAUCACAGAACCAGGAGAUAUACUGCCUUCCGCAAACAGCACUCCAACCUCUACUCCUGAGCUGAGAAGGCGCCAAGGGUUGCUGAGGUGCCGCUCCCAGCCUUGUGUGUUAAACGAGAGGAAAACCAGACUAAAACGAAGGCGUGACGAAGACAUUCGGUGGAAUCGUCCAUCUAUUGAUUUCUUAAAAAUGACACGGACUUCAAAAAGCCUGUGCUCUUUGGACUAUGAAGAUGAAGAUGAUCCCCACCUCAAGACCAUCGUGUCCUCUCCCUGCGAUUCCAAUGACCACAUGAAUAUCAUCACUCCUGGCUCGAGCCCCGUCAAGGAGACCAUGGGCGGAGGAACCUGCUUCGUCAGCUGCUCAAGGGAGGCAGCCGUGAGCGAAAGCGAGGAAGACCUAAGUGACUGUGAGAGUGCCUGAGGGCACUAAAUUUCCUAUAGAUUGCGAGGAUCUGGAUCUGGAACAGAUAGAGAACAACUGAAUCUCAUUGCCUCUGUAGGAUAAAGGCGUCCUCCCUGGUAGAAACGUGCCUUCUGUUGCCGUUGCUCUCCUUCAAGGAGCCCAGUGGAAAGAGUUGCGGCUUAGUCACCUGUUUAGUUAAGGAAAUGGACAAGAUAAAGACUGAGCAUUAAAAAAAAAGUUGUUUCCACCCGGCUGUAUUUGCUGCGCGGCCUAGUAUGUGGGGCUAUACGUACAAAGCUAAAUAGAUGUGAAUGUACUCAACAGGUUUUGUAUGGGUGGGGAAUGUUCCUCCAAGUGCUGACAGCGAGUGCCUAAAUCUAUUUUUUUUGCUCAAUAAAUAAAAGGGAGGGGGAGGGAAAGGACUACUAUUUUAAGCUAGUUUCGUAAUUAUAUAACCUCACUUUUUGCGGGGUUUGUAUGUCUCGGCGAGUACAAUUUGUUUACUUUUGCGAACGUCGCACAUACUAGGCUGCUAUAUGUCAGAGAGAAGACAGCAGAGGAGUUUCAAGGAAACAUUUAUAAAAAAAAAUACAAAAAAUAAAAAAUACAAAAAAGACAUAUUUUUGCAUUUCUGUGGCUUUUACAGUUCUGGAGAAAAAAAAAACAUCUCUAUUUUGAAAUGAAUUUUUUCAGGAGGGCAUUGUGUAACUUACAAUCUGUCUGCCAUGAUUCUGAUGCAGGUAUAUAUGUUCUAUAUUUGAUGAAAAGAGCUUAAAGUUCUACAGGAAAUAGUUGAUUCAAGACGUCUAGUGUUCACACUCGGUCCAAAAUACCAAAAUUAACCGCAGUUUUUUGUUUCGUUUUUUAAAAUAGUAUGCGGUUAAAAACGUACUAUUUUAUUUUUUAUUUUAUUCUUUUUACUUUGACAUUGAUCAAAAUGUAUUAAUGACCUUAAGAUUAAUGAGGGGGAAAAAAAAAAUUCCCCAAAAUUUGCUACUUUAAUUGGGAUUUUUUUUUUCUAUCUUGAACAAAGCAAUGGUGAUUUAGCAUUAUGUGCAUUUACGAGUGCGAUUAGUUACAUGCCUUGUAGGUCAUUAUUACGUUUUGUUGGUUUUGUUUUUUUGUUUAGUUUUUUUUCUACUGUUCAAAAAGAGAAAAAGAAUGUAUUGGAGCACUUGAACUUUAGACAGGGACUUUGUAAAGCUGAUGAUCAAUUCCACAGGAAGAGGUCACCCCCUCAGCAAUAGAAGGCAAUUUGUCCUUUAAUAAAUAAAAAAUAAUAAUUUUCUUCA